GAGUGUACAAGUCCAAAAGGUGAGUAUCAGACGAAAGACGGUAGGACAAGAAAUUUUGUGUUGAAGAGCACAAUGAGAUGUCAUAUGACCUAGGACUAGGAUAUAGUUAUAAAGUGAAUGAAAAUAUUCAAUAAAUAUUUGGCAAUACGAGAUGAACAAUGGUUAGAAUUCCAUGCACAGUUCAUCAAACUGAGUGGAUAACAGAUUUGGGUUUAAUAGUUGUAGCUAAGAAAAUUGUUAUUGACUUGUCAUAGAAGGUCCAUUUGGUCCAUCGGAGAAAUCUUAUUUUUUUUAUUUUUUAUAAAAUUUUGUGAUGGAUGUUAAAGCCUUGUAUGUAAGUGCGUGCGCUGAACUAUCCUUCGUGCAUGUGGCUUAGUUAAAAACAAACAUCUUAUCAACAUUUCAAUGUUAAGCACUUUCCUUUCUCUCUUACUUCCUGUUUAAGGAACUUUGUCAGUUCAAAGGUAACGGCAUCAUAACAUCCUAGCAUUGAGUUUGACUUGCUGGGCUACAAGUUAUCCAUGUGUGCUUGUUAUUCCUUUAAAGAAUAAAUACGACAUUUUAUUUGCCUCUGCACAUGCAAAACAUCUGCAGGAAUAACAACUGAUCAUGUACUUCAGAUGUACAAAACAUCUGUCUCCUAAAGUUUAGCUGUGUAAUUAAAGGAAAGAUUUUAGUGUGUUCAAAAACAUGAGGGUUUUGUUUUUCAAGUUGCAAUGUCCACUUUUCUGUUUGGUCGUUUGACUCCUUAAAAAUUACAGUGUAAUAGAAAUUAACAGUGCCAUCUAUUCUCUAAACAGAAAUUUCUGAAGACUUUUAAACUGACUGUCCAUGCAGACAGAGACUAACUGUAGGACUCAAACACUGUCUGACUCAAGGUGCAUGUAUAUGGCUGAAGGAUCUUGUCCAUAAAAGGAUUAUUAUAUUUAAAAAAUAGUUUUGAGGUGACAGAUGUCCUUUACUUAUGGAUGAUAUUUAGUCUCCUAACAAUUACAGCGAUAAUACAGAAUUCACCACUGUUGGUGAUUUACUAUAAAACACAAUAAAUGCUUUUGUGUUUGUGGGGCAGUGUUUGUGGGGCAAAUAUAUGGGUGCAAUUUGUUCUAAUUUGUCAAAUAAGGAGUUUUAUUUUACCAUAUGCAUUACAAAGACCAUUAUUGGACAGAAACUUUAUCAGGAACAUCAAACACUUUGGUGUAUGUUCCAUUAGUUUUGGAGCUGUAUUUAAUUACCUGCACCCAACAGCCUGUUAAGGUAAGUCUAUUCUCCACAUUACUAUUUGCUGAACUCUAUAUAAGUGUGUAUUAGACAUGUGCAAUUCGUUUAGUUCCGAAUGUAAAUUCGAAUGAAUUACGGCAAAUCGGACAUUUGGAUGCUUCUGAAUAUAUGAAACGCCGCAUUUCGGAAGUGCUGAACCGAAAUGAAUUGCCAAAGUGCCAAACCGACCUAAAUUGCCGAAGUGCCUAAUUUCAGAAGUACCGAAGUGCAUUGGAUUUCUGAAAAGUGCAAAACAAGAUAGGGAGGGAAAAUGACGUGAAUGAUGACAGGAAUCUGUGAUCCAGAUCUGUGAUAUGCUAUCCUUUAUCCUGAUUACUACCUCUAUCCUUCUACCUGUUUCAUGCAAUAUUUCAUAUUCCUGUCUUUUUGUUCAUUGAAUUACUCAUUCAUAUUUGGACUUGUGAUGCAUGUCCCGAAUUACAAAAAUAAUUCUGUGCCCCCCAAUAAUAAUGAAUAAAAAUCACUGUUUAGCAGACACAACCCCAAUGAAAAAUUUAAAUUACGCAUUUUUCUCAUUGGGUGUAUAUCUAAAUCCAUUUAACAAAAACUGCAGAUCUCUUGUCUGCAGCCUUUGCAAGCCCUCCCCUUCUAACCCCGCCCAGACUUUCAUUGUGUUCCCAAUACAGCUCAAUGAGAAGGUAGGUCUUUGUAAGGUAAGUGACUGGUCAGUUGCUGCCUCUUGAAUUUAGCUCCAAUGAGCUAACCGAACCAGGAAGUAACAGGAAGGUUAUCUGAUUGAUAGCCAGAGAAUUUAACAAGGUUAAUUUAUAAAAAUUACAAUUUCCAAUCAAUUCUGCUCUUUGUAAAAUUAAGAAAAGAGAGGACACACUCUUCACACAUAGAGGACUUCAGCAAGCUAAGCUGCUUCAGGGGUUUGAAGUGACUCUUUAAGCAGAAAUGGUGUAGACACAAACUUUAGUCGGCAUAUGUUAAACCAUUCAUGGAAAGUACACCUUAGUUUGGUUUGGUUAGGGACGUUUUUUCUCUACAAUGAUCCAGUUCAUUGUUAGUUUUGUACUUGACUUCUCAUAGUACAAGCAUAUACACAUAUGAUAUGAUGGCUCACAAACAUAUUUGCAGGAAUCUGGCUGGCCCCAGGCCAUUAACUCAGCAAAUAGUACCACAGUAAAAUUAAACAUUAAUUUUAUUUUUCUAUGCGUACAUCUGCCAUUCUUUAGGCAAAUUAAAACAAGUUCAUAAAUAAUGCGUGUGCAAUGAAUAAUGGGUGUUUACAUUACACUUCUUAAAGCAAAUAAUCUAACCGAAACAACGUAUUCAUUGCCAUCUGUGCGAGGCAAUCAGGAAUGAUCAUCAAAUGGGCUGUCAGAGAAAGGUCGCUCCUUAUUGCCCGUCUUGUCACAUUUUAACAAUUAAAAGCAGGUUACAAAUGGACGAAUGAAGACAAAUAGAUGAUAUAGCAUGGAGUUUCACUCAUUUGUUUCAACACGUUAUUUCCUUUCUUGGUUUUUUUGGACAGCACAGGUUUCUUAAAUCUUUGUUCACUUUUUUCUUUGCGUUUUAGCAUUGCAACUAAAAAACAUGUAUGCACAAUGUGUAAAAUGCAAUGACCUAUGAUGUAAUAGAGAACAGCAGGCUCAGUGACAGACAGCUUGUCCUCGCAAUUAACAUCAUGAAAAUACUUGUAAAAUGGUCGACGUGUCAAACUAAUGAAUAGUAUAGGAAUCACAUGUAAAAUGGUUGGAACAAUUUUCAGUCAGCACCAAUUUAAUGACUCAUGUUCCUGCCUCAAAUAUACAAGACAAUUUUUAAAAAAAUACAGCUAAUAUAAAAUAAUAAUAAUUUUUAAAAAUACUUCAUUAUUAUUUUUUUAAUUCAUACCACCAAGUUUUAUAUAAAUAAGGCCAAAUAAAUUAAUUUUUUAAAUUUAAUUUAAAUUUUUUUUUUCAUUAGUCUCUGCAUGUUUUUUUUCUUUCAAUGAUUACAUUUUUUUAAUUUUAGAGCCACCCCAAUGACAAAUUAUAUUUUCUCUUGCAUACAAUAGUAUGUAUGAUCAAUAUGUGUGUCAAGUCAUUAUGAGCCGCCAACAGCAAUUUUAGGGCCCCUUAAAAACAAUAUUGGCGGGGCCCCCUCACCUAGAUACACACCGCUUGUCAAACAUACACACAUAAACGGUCAUACACUCAUACACAUUGCCAGACACAAAAACACGAUGUCAUGCACACACACAGUCACAUACACAAGUACACAAUGUUAGCAAUACACACACAGAUUUCCACUGUCAGACACACAUGCCACACACAGUUGGAUAUACACACACAGUCAAACUCACUCUUAUAUACUGUAAGACACACGCAUAGCCAGAGACUCGUGCACAUUUUAAAACAGACACAAAGCCAGACAAACACACACACUCACACACAUCUUUAGACACAUACACUUUCAAACAUAUACAAACUCACACACAUAGUUAGAUGCACACGCAAUGUCAAACAGAUACACAGCCAGACAUACAUACUCACAUACAAUAGAUACACAUACACUGUUAAGGUGACAUACAGCCAGAGACACACACACACAAAUACAAAUUCCCAACCUCUUUUCUCCACAGUAAGUAGCCACCCUUUUCUCCCCCCAUGUAUUGCAGCUUGGGCUGUAGUGCAAUCUGAGAGACACAGUGCAGUGAUAUAACAUGCAAUAUCCCAGUCUCCUUGGCACCGUGUCUGAUCCUCAGCUGCCAGUUACAGCAGCUCCAUGGUAACACUGGAAGGAAGUGAUAUAUAUGAUAUCACAUCUUCCAGUACUGCCAUCUCCGAGGGAGCUUUGCAGGCUCUCGUAUAAUAAAGAGUUUAAGAUUAUUUUAUCUCCAACGUCUGUUUUACAUUGUCUUAUUCAUCUCAAUUAUUUUAUAUAGACUCUUCUGAACCAAGGAAUAUGAAGAAGCAAACGAUGACAGUACGACUUACUGAAUUCCAACUGCGGGAUGAAAUUAGUCCACAGCUUUUUAAAAAUAGCUCCACUAGCAAGUGGAAGA